AGUUCGCCGUUGCCCCUGGCAACGCGGAAGCGUUCGGCGUCGCACCGGAAGCUGAAAGCGCGUGCGCGGCGGCUGCUCGCUGCUUUAUUCUCUUAUUUUAUUAUAUUUUUAUUGCUGCGGUGGUGGUGGGGGGGUUGUUAUUCUUUGACAACCCAUAUGUUGUUUUACUACAGCGAUACAUUAUCAUCGUUUUUGCGGCUGUGCGCUUGCAACCGUACUGAUGUCGCCGGUCGGUAUUAUUUUUGCUUUCUUCUACCGGGUGAGGCGUUGAAUGCGAGCGGCCGUGUUGCAUUUUUUCCCUGCUCGGCGGCCGCGGGACUGCGUCGGGGAAGAUGAAUCAAAAUAAGAUGAGGGCUCGCGUGGUGCCCAGCACGGUGAACAUCUAUGGCCUACAGAUAAUACCCAAGACCCUGAUUAGUGACAGGCUGUCUUCUCCAAGUAAACAGCAGUCUGAGUACAGGGUAAACAAGGACCCGCAGGCAGGGUCAAAAGUCCCGGAGAGCCAGCUCUUCUAUGGCCGAUGCGCAACUACAGAUGGGCAGCUGCUGAUUAGAGAAACCCAGCACCAGCCCUACAAGCUCGACGGCCGAUUGUCCCGUGGCAAGGUGCGUGUGCCGGCCACGGCUUUUGUGGCCGACCUGUCGGUACCGGCGCAUCACACGUUACUUCACAGGCCCACGGAGGCCCACAGCACCUUUGCCGUGUUUCCUGACAACCGACUGGCCCAGGGCCCGGGCUCCACGUCGCGGCACGGUGCACAGCGCGCAGGCUCUGCCAAGGCAAACAGCAGCCAGGCCAGCAUGCCCUACUUGCCAGGAGACCGUGUGAUCUUCACCGAAUCUUCCACCGCGCCUGGAAUUCCCAUUGUGUACCGGACAGUGGAGGAAAGAGCAUACAACCCAGAGAGACUCAACCUUGACAGCCGUGGGCUGACCAUGUGCCCCAUCCUGGAUGGCGAGGAGGACCUGCGGCUGCUCAGCCUGCAGCACAACCUCAUCCGCCGAGCGCAGCACCUGUCCCACCUCCGCCGCCUUGUCUUCCUCGACCUGUACGCCAACGAGCUGGAGGAGAUCUCGGGGCUCUACAACCUUCGCUCGCUGCGGGUGCUCAUGCUCGGCAAAAACAGGAUCCGAAAGAUCACAAGCUUGGAGAGCCUCACCAAGUUGGACGUCUUAGACCUGCAUGGCAACCAGAUUUUGCGAAUAGAGAAUCUGAGCCACCUGUCGGAGCUGCGAGUGUUGAACCUGGCAGGGAACCAGAUAACGCACGUGGGCAGCCUACGGGGACUGCACUCCCUGGCUGAGCUCAACCUCCGCCGUAACAACAUCUCCAGCAUGAAGGAGGUGGACUGUCUGCCCUCUCUGCAGCGUCUCUUUCUUAGCUACAACAACAUUGCAAACUUCGACGGGAUAGUGUGCCUGAGAGAGGCGCCGUCGCUGUGCGAGGUUGCGUUGGAUGGGAAUCCGCUGGCACAGGAAGCAUGCUACCGACAGACGGCGCUGCGCCACAUGGGGCAGCUGAGGCAGCUGGACAUGAAACGCGUCACGGAAGAGGAGAGGCGACUGGCCUCCCUCUUGGCCAGAAAACAGGAGGAGAAGAAGCGAGAAUUCCAUAAGCAAGCCAUCCAGAAGGAAAAGAGACGUCUGGCCCUGCGCAACGUGGCACGCCAUUGGGAACAGCAGCAGCAGCAGCAACAGCAGCAGCAACAGCAGCAGCAGCAGCGCACUCCGACUUGGACAUGGACGAGUCAACCCCUCGAUGUGUCAUCUGGACAGACGGCGCUCAGCUCAUCCACAUCAGCCGAGCAGCUCUCCUCUCAGCAGUGGCCAGAAGACAGCAGCCUCCUAAGCGGAGCUAGCAGUCGGGAGAGUUUGUCGGCGGGAGAUGCGAGGCUUCCGACGGGUGAAGAGGAGCCCACGGGGAGCAAGCUGCAGUCGCUCGCCUCCAGCCCCGUUGACAGCUGCACGGACACCAGACCUCUCCCCGCCGAUGGGCUAGCAGACUCGCUGCGCCUCCUCUCGCUGACGGAGGAGCACCUGGCUGAGAUGGAGGGUGACACACUGCGCCUGUUUGGCCGCGGGGCCCUGGAGGCGCUGGACCGGAGCUGGGGCGCGCAGGCGGCCGCCACCGUCACCGCCGUCUCAUUCUCCUACGUGGAUUUCGACGAAGUGGCCGGCGUCUUGGGGAAGCUGCGCACAAGGUUUCCUGGCACGGCGCACCUCCAGUUCACCGAGACCAACCUGCAGAACCUGCAGCAGCUCAACGCUCUGGCCCAGCUGCGUCGGAUCGAGCAGCUGACCGUGAACCCAGCUGGAAACUCGCUGACGGCUCUCUCGUUGUGGACGGCCUACGCCACCUUUCGCCUCCAUCACCUCGGACUGCGACGUAUCAACGGGCAGGAGAUAUCGGCGACAGAUGUCACAGCUGCAGAGGCGAUGUUCGGUUCCCUCGCCCGAUUGACUGCCCCGCGGGCAUCGACCUCGUCGCUCGGGGACGGGAGGAGAAAGCCGCCGGCGGCUGCUGCUGCUGCCGCGUGCACUGCCGAGAGCAAGGGCAAGAGGGCAAGUGGAGGAGCCGACGAUGGGCGGGAGCGUGGCCCGGCACCCGUGGAUUCGGCCAGCCUCGCCGGCCUGCAGUUCUACUCCCAGGAGGCGUUGGGCAGGAUAUGUCAGGAGCAGGAGGAGAAGGGGCGCUUCUGCCAAGACUACGUGAAAGAGCUGGUGGACAGAGUGGUUCUGCAAGAGAAGAAACUGGAGGCGUUGCAAACAAUUUGGCCCCAGUUUUUCCUUGAGAUGGUCACGGAUGCCGUUCUUGAGACACAAGAUUCCGACACGUAUGUGUCCAGGCGCAUGAAGGAGCUGACUGAGGAGUGAUGCCGGAGAUGAAACCAAAGGCUGCACAUAUGAUCCCAGCUGCUGUAAAACAAAACAAAAUCAACAAAGAAAUGCUCUCAUGCACACAUGUGGCCAUGUGGUUCUCAGACUUUUGCGGCGAGGAAGUGACCGAAUUAAUUGUGCUCUCGCAGAAGAGACGGCAUGGACACAGUCCAGGACAAGACAGUAUUUUCCUUCAAGAUACUGCUUCAUACUUACACCAUUAUUGGCAGUGCUUAAUCAAAAUAAUGUAUCAGGUUAGAUGGCCACCCUUCCCUCUGUUAUUAUUUCAUAAUGAAAAACAAACAAUGGUACUUGUAUCCUCAAUUAAAGAACGUGGGUUUUAUUCAAAAGUAUUCACAGAAUGGAGUCAAAUAACUCUGCUCAUUUUCACUUCACCGUUUACUGCAUAGACACAAUGACUGUGGAAUUGCCCGUGCUGUAGCUAAACAACAUCUAUGUAUUACCUAUCACUAUUUCUAUUUAUUUGGCUCGGCAUAGGCAAUUCCACAGUCGUGGCAACAUUGAAUAUACUUGCGUCUCCGUAAACACCUUAUACAUCUCGAUGGAUUUCUUCAAUCAGUUGAAUACAUCAAAGAUCUGUCCAAGGAAAAACAUGGUGAAACAUUUCAAUUUCACUGGUCGCUUAUUUUGUCUUUAUAGAUAUUUAAAAAAAACCUGUCACUGUAAUAUCGCAGAAAAAAUGCAAUGGCCACAUAUUGAGCUCUGUCUCAGUAUACUUACCUUGGUAUCCAAGAAAAUUAUUCUUGUCCUGAUUUGGGAGAUCAUUUACAUUUACCACAAGCCUCGUUGCACGGAAGCCGCAGGAGGCCAGCCCCCCCCGCCCCACCACCACAUCGUACCGGUGUGCUGCGUGCCUGCCAUUAGCUUGUUAAGCAUCUCAUACAUGUAUCUAACUCAAAUGUGGUAAAUCCAUUGCCUUCCGCUUAAACGUAUGUAUGCACUGCUGAAACGGCUAAUGUGCAAUAUUGCCAACAGCUGCAACCGGAGCAUUAUCAAUGUGUUUAAAACUGUGUAAUUGGUUGGUGGCAGUUGCGUGUACGUGUGUGUAUUUACUUCAUGGGUUCAACAUGGUAAUAUAUACGGCACAUUUGAACAAGUGUAUACUCUUGCAGUAUAUACAUAAUAUUGACAUAUACUGUAUGUCAUUGCACUAAUCCUAAUGCAUGAAUAGAUGUAAGCAGAGAGCUAAAUCAAAGUGGUGUUCACCUUUUUUUGAAGGGAAGUGCUUUAAGUUAUCACAGCCAUCGUGGCCACACAUUUCAGGAAGCACGCGGUGGAAACUGAAGUUUGAUGAAGUGAUACGUCUCUCCAAGCAUGAGGGAACCUCACUAAAUAUAGCCAACCACACAUCUGCUGCUAUUGUGACAAGUGCCAUGCAGCAAGGAUGGUUUUAGCACUUGUGUGAGUAAUGGACCGAGAUGUCAAACCAUGGACCCACCACAUCCUUAGUGAACGCAUAAAUCUCUCAACGUCGCUGGCACAGUUGCUGAACGGCGAAUGGCGAGCGUUAACGUGCGGUGGCGCACACACUCGCCUGCAAUUCUCGUGACUUGAAGGCGGGGAAAGGUUGGAUCGGAUAGUUGUGGCCUGCUCGGUGAUUCGGUGCUGCUGGUACACAAAGUGCGUUUCUGAUUUAUCUGCGUGGCGUUUGACGUGAUCGUCCCUUGUGGGCUUUCUGUGGUUCUUGCUCCGGCUGUUCCGGUUGCCUUCCACGAUAAAAAAAAUGUUCUCUUUGGCCAAACGAUUCAAAUGCGAGAGAUCCUUCAUGAAAUGAGUCUUGUUACUGAAGGCUUUUUUUUGGGUAAAUUAAUGUUUUUCCAUUUCAUUGGGGCCUACGCUUUGUUAUGAAUAAAAGCAACGACAUGUUUUGUCUUCCUGGUAUAUUUAAAAGCAAAGCAAUUCGCUGCUCGGUGCACAGUCUUAUAUACAUAUUUAUUUUCUCUUGUGAGAAAUCGUGCACUGAAUUCGCUUAAAUUUUUUUUUACUGAAGUAUGUCAGCCCUGAUGUGAAUGGUGAUUGCAAGUUUAUUUAUUUUAUUGCACGUGUGAUUUGCGCAAGCCUUGAAGUUAUAUCAAACUAAAUAAAGGACGUGUGUU